AUGGCAACUGACAACGAUAUUCAGUCAACCCUCGACGUUCUCCUCCUCAUCGCUUGCGCCCUUGGAGUAGCAGUCCUGCUCGUACGCCACAAGCAGUCCUUCGGCUUCUCCAAGUCGUCUACCGCGACCAUCCCCAUUACCGCCUAUUGUCGCGCAAACGUUCGUGCCGCUCUCAACCGGCGCGAGAAGAAGGACAGCAAGACUCGCGCCGCGCACAUCCUGAUCGUCCACGGAUCAUCCCUCAAGCGGAAGUUCCUCACCGUCAUCCGUAGCUUUUGCUCCAACCACGGCCCUGAGCUUGUCUUCUUUGUGGUCGUUGUUAUCGCUGCACUGAACUCCUACUCGAUCUCCAUCCCUAUCCCAGGGGCUCAGCACUUCAUCGAUUGCAUCGUCGCCUCCACGAAGAGUGUGCUGAAUCAGCCCUGGCAGGCUUACCUACGCCUCCUGCUUCGCUUCCAAGAGCACAUCCAGGACUCGAUGCAGCGUGCGAACAAGCGCCGACCCGGAUGGGUGGAGAUGGAUGAGUAG